AUGGCAAGGCUGAUAUGGCUAGCAUAUUUUUCAAGAAAAAACUUAACAGUUAUUAUCACAGGUAAAGUGUGGAUAUUUACAGCACAAGUGGAGCUCAACUCACAUGUAUAUCAGAGAGAUUGGGAUAAUGACAUGAUGAAUGGUGCUCUGUCUUUCACAAUUCACACCAAUGACCCACCAGGAUUCCAGUCAUUUACUAAAAGUAGAAAUCCUUCCAUGACGGAAGAUGGAUUUAUCAAGGAUUUUUGGCAGCAAUCCUUUGUUUGUGCAUUUAAAACUUCAAAUGUGGGUGAGGUAGCUGGUGAUGUUUGCACAGGAGAAGAGAAACUGGAAGAUCUUCCUAUAAUGUUUUUUGAAAAAAGAAUGACUGGUCACAGCUACAGUAUUUAUAAUUCUGUCUAUGCAGUAGCCCAUGCAUUACAUUCCAUGAUUUCAUCCAGAUCUGCCCAGCGGUCAGUGGCAAAUAAAGGAAGGUUGAAGCUUCAAAAUCAAGAUUCAUGGCAGCUGCACUCCUUUUUAAGAGGUCUCUCAUUUAAUAACAGUGCUGGGGAUCUGGUUUCUAUUGACUACAAUGGAGAAUUACUAGCUGGAUAUGAUAUACUGAACUGGAUUGCUUCUUCUAACAAAUCCUUCAUUAGAGUUAAAGUUGGGAGGUCCCAACCUGUUUCUAUAUGCACUGGGAGCUGCCGUCCUGGUACCAGCAAGAAAAUCAAGGAAGGGGAGCCCUUUUGUUGCUAUGACUGCAUUCCAUGCCCAGAUGGGAAGAUUUCAGAGAAGGAGGAUACAAAUGAUUGUUACUUGUGUCCAGAAGAAAGCUAUCCAAACAAGAAUCAGGAUUCCUGUAUUCCUAAAACAUUGACAUUUUUGUCUUACAAGGAACAUUUGGGAAUCAGUUUAGUCUUCUUUGUUUUUUUGUUGUCUUUGCUCUCAGUGGUGGUGCUUGCAAUAUUUUUGAAGAACUACAACACUCCUAUCAUCAUUGCCAAUAACCGAGACCUCACUUACAGUCUCCUCAUCUCCCUCCUGCUCUGCUUCCUUUCUGCAUUCCUAUUCAUUGGUCAUCCUGAGAAGAUGGUAUGUCUCCUGCAGCAAACAACUUUUGGGGUUGUCUUUGCAGUGGCUGUUUCUUCAGUUUUGGCAAAAACCAUCACAGUGGUUCUGGCUUUCCUGGCCACCAAGCCAGGAUCCAAGAUGCGAAUGUUUGUGGGAAAGAGACUGUCCAACUCCAUUGUCAUUUCCUGUUCUCUUAUUCAAAUAGGUAUUUGCAUGACAUGGCUAACAACUUCUCCCCCAUUCCCAGACACUGACAUGGAUUCGGUAAUUGAAGAAAUUAUUCUGCAGUGCAAUCAAGGCUCUGUGACUAUGUUCUACAGUGUCCUAAGCUAUUUGGGUUUCUUGGCUGUUAUUAGUUUCAUAGUUGCCUUCAUGGCCAGGAAAUUACCUGAUACUUUCAAUGAAGCCAAGUUCAUCACUUUCAGCAUGUUGGUCUUCUGCAGUGUUUGGAUAUCGUUUGUUCCAACCUACCUGAGCACCAAGGGGAAGUACAUGGUGGCGGUGGAGAUAUUUUCCAUCUUGGCCUCUAGUGCUGGUUUACUGGGCUGCAUCUUUCUUCCUAAAUGUUAUGUAAUUAUUUUGAGGCCUGACUUGAAUACCAAAGAACACCUAAUGACAAGGAAAAAAUGA